AUGCAUAGACGAAGACCGGUCGUCGGCCUAUCGCCUGGCUGGCUGAUGUCGACUCAACAGUUGAUGGUUGUCGUCGUCGUCGUGGCUUCCCUAAGACCACGACGGAUCGACGGUGGUGAAAUGCAUUUCUCCUUGCUCCUAGCGCCGUUUAUCGUUUGCCUCGGUAGUACGAUUGAAAUCGGCGAUGAUCUCAGCUUCCAGUUGGAUCUCAUCAAGCAUCAACCAUGCAAUCGUGGACCAAGUAAGUGUUAUUACUGGUUAAGCAGUACUAACUACGAAGGUCACGGCUUCGCCGAUAUUCGAAUCCACAGAUUCCAGGAGUAA